UUCUCCCUUUAACAGGGUUCGUUCGCCAAAGAACAGACUGAAGGAGAUCGUAAUUUGGAAGUCGAAAAGGUCGUGUUCUAAUAAGUUCCAACCAAACAUCAACAAGGUGUCAACUUAAUGCUGGACGCCAUCCUUUAGAUAAUGUUGCACGCACUUUCAGUUCAUUCUACUACUAGCCAGUGCUCACCUCAAAGUCAUGGAUCGAAUGCCUCUGAUUUUACAUCUCAUAAUCGCAAGUUCUUAUACCCAAUGUGUAGAUUUUACUUGAAGAGUUCAGACUAUGGGUAUUAUUUCAGUCCAUUACUAGCAAACCAAAAAAGGUACCUUACUCCAAGGCUAAUAGUUUCUGCGACUCUAAAUGGAAAAGAUGAACCAGAAAGAAGCAGUGUGAAACCUCAGACCAAUGGAGAAACCCGAAAGAUAUUCUCAUUGGACUCUGGAAGUAUUCAGAUCCCCAAGGAUCCAAAUUUGGAAACUGUGGCAUCUACCAUAGAGUCAGAAAUGAAUCUUCCUGAAUGUGCUGAGAAUCCAGUGAACCAAGGGAACCUUCUUGACAAGUUAAAGGCUCUUCACUUGCAUGUACUAGCAAUGGAACAAUGGAAUGCUUGUUGGCUUAAAUUAUGUCACAGAAACUACCUGGUGAGUGUAACAAACUUAAUGCAUUAUCUGGCAUUAAAAUGCCUUGACGUGGAGCAACUCAAAGACGACCUUUGUUCAGUUGGUCUUUUAAAUUUGGAAACUAUCAAUCCAAAUGUUCUUGCAAGUAUUACUGCUAGUAUCCAAAUACUGGAAAACCUUAAAUCUAACUCUUUGAACAGCAAAGAGAAUAUAGGAGAUGGUAUUUAUGAUAUGGGAAGUUCAGACAGACAUAAAAAGGCCGAUUUCACCAUUACAACAAUGAGAAAGAAGGCGUUGUGUCAUAGAGAAUCUUUGUUGGGUUCACUUCGAGAUGGCAGAACUACCCAUAUUAUGGUAACAGUUGGUGAAGAAGCUACUGAGAGUGAAACACUUAUAGCUGAUCUUCUCAAGGAAGGAGCCACCAUCUUCCGAAUCAACUGUGCACAUGGAGACCCAGGUGUUUGGAGUGAGAUUAUUAGAAGGGUAAAGAGAAGCUCCCAGAUGCUAGAGAAGCCAUGUCGUAUUCUCAUGGAGUUGGCUGGACCAAAACUCCGCACAGGUCCCAUGAAGGUUGGUCCAUGUGUGAUGAAAAUAUCACCUGAGAAGGAUGCCAGUGGAAAUGUAACUUUCCCUGCCCAAGUUUGGUUAUGUUACAAAGGAUCUGGACCACCUCCUUCUCACCUUUCUAUAAAUGCAGUUCUGCAUAUAGAUGACCAAGAAUUUCUCAAUGGGCUUGAAAUUGGUAAUGUUCUACGGUUCCAUGAUGCUAGAGGAAAACGGAGAAUGCUAAAGAUUUCUCAAAAAAGUCAUGUUUUUACUGGUAUAGGUUGUAUUGCUGAGUGUUCAAAUACUGCUUAUGUGGAGUCAGGAACAGAAUUGUAUAAGAAGGGGAAGAAGGGCAGGGUUUCUGUUGGCCAAGUAGUGGAUGUACCUGCUGUAGAACAGUUUAUCAGAUUGAGAAUUGGAGACUUGCUAAUUAUAUCUCGAGAUUCAUCCUUAACUGCAAAAGAUGUUUCAGAUAAGUCUGCAGAUGAUGUCCCACAGAUUACUUGUUCCUCUGGCCAUCUAUUUGAUUCAGUCAAACCUGGAGAUCCCAUUGCAUUUGAUGAUGGAAAGAUUUGGGGUGUAGUACAGGGAACUAGUAUUUCAGAGAUUUUAGUAUCAAUCACUCAUGCAGGUAUUAGGGGUUCUAAACUCGGUGCAGGAAAAUCGAUCAACAUUCCUGAGAGCAAUAUUCAAUUUGAAGGACUCACUUCAAAGGAUCUUGUUGAUCUUGAAUUUGUUGCUGCUCAUGCUGAUAUGGUGGGAAUCUCAUUCAUCCGAGACAUCCGUGAUGUUGUGGUUCUUUGCCAAGAACUGGAGAAGCGGAACCUUUCUAACAUUGGGAUUGUGCUAAAGAUUGAGACCAAAGGCGGUUUUGAGAAGUUGCCUCUGCUGCUACUUCAGGCAAUGCAGGCUCCAAAUCCUGUGGGAGUUAUGAUUGCUAGAGGAGAUCUUGCAGUGGAGUGUGGAUGGGAAAGGCUGGCAGAUAUCCAGGAAGAGAUUCUGUCUAUUUGUAAUGCUGCACACAUACCUGUUAUCUGGGCAACCCAGGUUCUGGAGUCACUUGUCAAAUCAGGUCUUCCUACUAGGGCCGAGAUCACAGAUGUUGCUAAUGGGAAGAAGGCAAGUUGCAUUAUGUUGAACAAAGGGAAGUAUAUCUCCAAAGCUGUUUCAACAUUGGAUUCUAUCUUGAACAACAGCUCCCGUAAAGUGAAUGCUGAGCUGAAGCCUCUUGUGCUGUCCAGCCGCCUCUUGUAGCAAGUCCUUUGCUUGGAUGUGUCAUAUCUGUUUCCUUUAAUACGUAGGUAUGGAAAUGGAAUUUUUCUAGUCCAACUACAAUAUGUAGGAUACUUAAACCUGAUUUGGAUGAUAUUUCAGGUUCUGUAUAUAUUUUUCUUUUCACUUUAUUAAAGAUCUGUAUCAUCAAUCAAUGAAUGCUUAACACAAAAAGUGGGUUCCUAUUCUAUUUCCUUGUUAGUUCCCUGUUA